AGAAGAGAAUCUUAGAUAUUAGAAUCAUAAGAGAAAACAGAGUAAUUGGGCCAACUUGUUUUGUUAGUAACAAAACCUAAAGUGAUGUGAUUGUUAUAUAUUGCGCGCCUCCUCUGUUCUGCAUACCCUGUUUUUGUUGUUACGACUUACGACAAUAACAAUAACAAUGGCAGCACCGUAUCUCUCUUACUCUUCUUCCCUCUCUAACCCUAAACUCUCUUUUUCUUCUUAUUCACCUUUCAAAUAUUCAACCACCACUAACCCUUCUUUUUUCCUCAACAAAACUCUUCUCAAUAAAAACUCAAGCCACAACAACACAAUAACACUUUCUCACUCCCACAAAUAUAAAACACUUUCUCCAUGCAGCAAUAUCAACAACACAUUCUCAUUCGAUGAUGACGACGAAAAGCCUCGUGAAGAAUGCGGCGUUGUUGGAAUAUACGGCGAUCCAGAAGCUUCUCGUCUCUCUUAUCUGGCUCUCCAUGCUCUUCAACACCGUGGUCAAGAAGGUGCUGGUAUCGUAGCCGUCAACGAUGAUAAAGUCCUUCAAACCAUUACCGGCGUUGGUCUUGUUUCCGAAGUUUUCAACGACACCAAUCUCCGUCAAUUACCAGGAACCUUAGCCAUCGGUCAUGUUCGUUACUCAACUGCAGGACAAUCUAUGCUCAAAAACGUUCAACCUUUUGUUGCAGGUUACAGGUUUGGUUCAGUUGGUGUUGCUCAUAAUGGAAAUUUUGUUAAUUACCGUUCUUUAAGAAAUGAACUUGAAGAAUCUGGUUCAAUUUUCAAUACUACUUCUGAUACUGAAGUUUUACUUCAUCUUAUUGCAAUUUCAACUCAUAGACCUUUUAUAGCUAGAGUUAUUGAUGCUUGUGAAAAAGUUAAAGGUGCUUAUUCAAUUGUGUUUAUUACUGAAGAUAAACUUGUUGCUGUUAGAGAUCCUUACGGUUUUCGACCUUUGGUUAUGGGAAGAAGAAGUAACGGUUCUAUUGUUUUUGCUUCUGAAACAUGUGCUCUUGAUUUGAUUGAAGCUACUUAUGAAAGAGAGGUUUAUCCUGGUGAAGUUUUGGUUGUGGACAAAAAUGGUGUUCAAUCUCAUUGUCUUGUUUCUCAUCCAGAACCAAAACAAUGUAUUUUUGAACAUAUUUAUUUUUCACUGCCAAAUUCUGUUGUUUUUGGGAAAUCUGUUUAUGAAUCAAGAAGAUUGUUUGGUGAAAUAUUGGCUACUGAGAGUCCUGUUGAUUGUGAUGUUGUGAUAGCUGUUCCUGAUUCUGGUGUUGUUGCUGCACUUGGUUAUGCUGCAAAAGCUGGUGUUCCUUUUCAACAAGGGUUGAUUAGGUCACACUAUGUUGGUAGAACUUUCAUUGAGCCAUCACAGAAGAUUAGAGAUUUUGGUGUUAAGUUGAAGCUUUCGCCGGUUCGCGCUGUUCUUGAAGGGAAAAGAGUUGUGGUUGUUGAUGAUUCAAUUGUGAGAGGAACAACAUCAUCUAAAAUUGUGAGGCUGUUAAAAGAAGCUGGUGCUAAAGAAGUUCAUAUGAGGAUUGCAUGUCCACCAAUUAUUGGGUCUUGUUAUUAUGGUGUGGAUACACCUAGCUCAAAAGAGUUGAUAUCUAAUAGGAUGAGUGUGGAAGAUAUAAAAGAGUUUAUUGGUUGUGAUUCACUUGCUUUUCUACCUCUUGAUAGUUUGAAGAAAUUGUUGGCUAAUGAUUCUUCUAAUUUCUGUUAUGCAUGUUUCACCGGGAAAUAUCCUGUUGAUCCUAAUGAUGGUCCGUUUGAUUUGAAGGAAGGAAAGAAGGAAAACACGAAACCGAUAAAUGAGAUGGAGAUUGUUGGAAUUUGAUCACAAUUGUUCUACUUGUGAUGAUUUUUGCAUUAUAUAGACACCACACAUUAUACAAGGGACAAGGUAAGUGGGGAGGUAAAUGUCUAAAGAAACUAUCUUCUUCUAACUACAAUAUUUUAUUUACUUGAGCUAAUUCUGAAAUUUGGAUUUUGGAGCUGGCCAAUUUUGAAUACCUAUUUGUUGGUCAUAUCUUAGGAUUUGAUAUUUGGAAUUUUCUUAUUUAUAUACUUUAGGUCAAUCUUAUAGUAAGAUUAAAAGCUAGGGAGGUUUUUUUGUAGGUUUUUUUGGAACUUCAAGUUUUACUUUAUUAUUAUUAUUGUUUUUUUUUUCCUUUCAAUAUACAACUUUAUAUAUAUCAGCUCUUCAAAGAGUGUACUAAGAUAUGAAAUUACUGCAUUUAUAUUUCA